AUGGUCGAGGAAAGCCGCAGUAUAAGGUUAAUCCAAGAAGUAAAAAGAGCUGACCUUAAUAACAAGUGCGAUGGGUCAGAGACAAUACGGCUUUGUUCACUUGAACCUCGACAUGGACAAUGGAAUAGUUUUAAAGGAACGUUGCAACAAUCUCGGCGGCCAGAGAGCGGCGACGGAGACGGGCAACGCAGCACCGAGGGCAGU